AUGGUGCUGCUGCUGGUCAUCCUCAUCCCGGUGCUGGUCAGUUCGGCCGGCACCUCGGCGCACUACGAGAUGCUGGGCACCUGCCGCAUGGUCUGCGACCCCUACGGCGGCACCAAGGCGCCCAGCACGGCGGCCACGCCCGACCGCGGGCUCAUGCAGUCCCUGCCCACCUUCAUCCAGGGGCCCAAGGGGGAGGCCGGCCGGCCGGGCAAAGCGGGGCCCCGCGGCCCGCCGGGGGAGCCGGGGCCGCCCGGCCCGGUGGGGCCGCCGGGUGAGAAGGGCGAGCCGGGGCGGCAGGGCCUGCCGGGCCCCCCCGGGGCGCCGGGGCUGAACGCGGCGGGGGCCAUCAGCGCUGCCACCUACAGCACCGUCCCCAAAAUCGCUUUCUACGCCGGCCUCAAGCGGCAGCACGAGGGCUACGAGGUGCUCAAGUUCGACGACGUGGUCACCAACCUCGGCAACCAUUACGACCCCACCACCGGCAAGUUCACCUGCUCCAUCCCUGGCAUCUACUUCUUCACCUACCAUGUGCUCAUGCGGGGUGGCGACGGCACCAGCAUGUGGGCCGACCUCUGCAAGAACAACCAGGUCCGAGCUAGUGCAAUUGCUCAGGAUGCUGAUCAGAACUACGACUAUGCCAGUAACAGCGUGGUUCUUCACUUGGAGCCAGGAGACGAAGUUUACAUUAAAUUAGAUGGAGGAAAAGCACACGGAGGAAACAACAACAAAUACAGCACAUUUUCUGGAUUUAUUAUUUAUGCUGACUGAUAAUGAGUAAAAAGACCCACCAAACCAGUCGAGAAAUGAAGCUUGCUCUUCUAAACGAUGGAUUUGCGUGGCAAAAGUCAAUGAAACAAGCACCCCAGCAGAGAGUGACCACCGAACACCUCAGCAGCGGGGGGAAAAAGUCGAAUGCUACCUGAUUCACAUCUGUACAACACAGAGAAACCUUAUGUUUAAAAACCACAAACCAAGUUAAACAGAUGUGCGAUCCACUUCCGCCAAAGCAAAUACUUCCUCAUUGUUAGUGUCCAUGUGAAUGAAGUUCUACAUAGAUCAAAUUUUUAUAGGGAAGAAAAGCCCACCUAAGGACGCUGAGUUAUUUCUUCAGUGUAUAUGAUACUUUAAUGUGUUAUGAUCUUGCUGCUUUAUCCAUACUUCAGCUUUGGUUCUUGUGACUUACCUGCUAACAAUGAUGCUUGGAGUCCACUCAUAGUGUGGUGAGGAAUGAUUUUACAAUAAAAGGAAGAGGUAAUCAAAAUAUACUUUCUCUCUGCAAA